AUGACUCAACCUUUAGUCUCAACGAUAACUCUUUCCAAAUCAUGUAGAAUAUGUCUCGAUAAUGAUGAUCAAAAUGAUUUGAUUCGUCCAUGUUUAUGUUCUGGUGGUUCAGCAUAUGUUCAUAGAAAAUGUUUGAAUAGUUGGCGAUCAAUGAAUAGAAAUGGUCGUGGUUUUAAAUCUUGUGAAGUUUGUCAAUUUGAAUUUGUUAUUGAACCAGUAAUAGAUGAUCCAUCGGCAGAUAAGAAAAGAUUAAUAAUAUAUCGUUUAUUAGUUUCUCGUGAUAUAACAUUAAUUAUUUUAUUAAUUCAAGCAUUUAUUUUUGCAUUAGCAUUUUUAAUGCAAGCUGCAGAUAAACAAGAUCGUAAAAUUCAAAAUUUAUAUCCUGAUUCAUUUACUUAUUUUGGAACUUAUUAUUUAAGUAGUUUAAUAAUCUUUUUCGCUCUAGUUGGUUUCUUUGGUUUAAUUGGUUAUUGUUGUGGAUUAAUGAAAAACGAUAAUUAUAACAAUAAUAAUUGUAAUUGUACUGGUGUUCAAUGUUUUUGUGUAGGUACGAGUUGUAAUAACUGUGACUCAGGUAGUGGCGGUGGUGGUGGCAGUGGUGGUGAAGGUAUUCUUGUAGUAAUACUAAUUAUUGUCGUGAUAUUUGCUAUUAUUGGAGUAUUUGUUGGAGUUAUUCUUAGUAUAAUGAUAGUAAAAAGUAUAAUGGAACGUCAUGCAAAACGAUUAUGGUUACGACAAGAAGCUAAAAAAUAUAUUGUGAAAGAUUUCGAAGGACAAUUAGAUCAAUUACGCCAAAUAUCAUCACAACGUCAAAUUACGAUUCCAAGAAAUCCAACAAGAUUCAAUACAGUUGGUAACAAUACAAAUAAAAUAAUGCCAUCGGCACCACUUCCAUCUGUAUCAGUAAUUACAUAA